GGACGCGCGCCCCGCCCUCCCCAGCUGUGCACCCUUCAGUCCAGCUGUGCGCGCACGUCGGGAGUCCCAGCCAUGUCCGCGGAGAGAGAGGUAGCCGAGGUGGCCACCGAAGCCGUGGGCGACGCCCACCAGCUGCGCAGCCUGGUGCUCACCGGCUUCGGCUGCCACGACAAGAUGAAGCUGAAGAGCAGGCCGGCCGCUCCCCCGGCCCCCGGCCCCGGCCAGCUGACGCUGCGGGUCCGGGCCUGUGGGCUGAACUUCGCGGACGUUAUGGCCCAGCAAGGAAUCUACGACCGGACGCCGCCGCUGCCCUACACUCCGGGCAUGGAGGGCGCGGGAGUCGUGGUCGCAGUGGGCGAGGGAGUCAACGACCGCAAGGUAGGGGAUCGGGUGAUGGUGUUGAUCCCCUCAGGCAUGUGGCAGGAGGAGGUGACUGUGCUCUCAACCCAGACCUUUCUGAUGCCUGAGUCCAUGACCUUUGAGGAAGCUGCUGCCUUGCUGGUUAAUUACAUCACAGCAUACAUGGUCCUCUUUGACUUUGGCAACCUACGGCCUGGCCACAGCGUCUUGGUACACAUGGCUGCAGGGGGUGUGGGUAUAGCCGCCUUGCAGCUGUGCCGAACAGUGGAGAAUGUGACAGUGUUCGGAACGGCCUCGGCCCGCAAGCACGAGAUGCUGAAGGAGAACGGGAUCACACAUCCCAUUGACUACCACACGACUGACUACGUGGAUGAGAUCAAGAAGAUCUCCCCCAAAGGCGUGGACAUCGUCAUGGACCCUCUGGGUGGGGCCGAUACUGCUAAGGGCUACAACCUCCUCAAACCCAUGGGCAAAUUGAUCUCCUAUGGAAUGGCCAACCUGAUGACGGGCCCCAAGCGGAACCUGAUGGCCCUGGCACGUACAUGGUGGAAUCAGUUCAGCGUGUCAGCUCUGCAGCUGCUGCAGGCCAACCGGGCUGUGUGUGGCUUCCACCUGGGCUACCUGCAUGAUGAGGUGGAACUGAUUGAUGGUGUGGUGACCCGCCUCGUGGCUCUGUACAAUCAGGGCCACAUCAAACCUCACAUUGACUCUGUGUGGCCCUUCGAGAAGGUGAUGGAUGCCAUGAGGCAGAUGCAGGAGAAGAAGAAUGUAGGCAAAGUCCUCCUGGUGCCUGGGCCAGAGAAGGAGAACUAGGAUGGGGGGCUGGGAGACCCUCGGGAAGAGAGGAGCUGGGAAGCCAUGUUAUGUUGGCCACCAGAUCCUCGAAUUUCAUCCUCUAUCAUAAUGCUCUGCCCUCUCUCCCCCAAAGGUCUCCGUGGUGAUGACCUCUCCCCUGCCCUGUGUUUUCUCUUUAGCCAGGGCUGCCCCCGCCCUCCUUCCUGCCCUCUGAAGAGGUUGGGAAGUGACCACUUGGAUGUCUGGGCCCCGCCAAGGGGACAGGGAGGGACAGAGGGAGACCGGCCAAGACUAGCCAAUCCCUUCCCGUUCUGUUCUACGUGCUUCCGCCUCUGCCUCAUCUCCCCUCCUGCCCCUGCCCCACUACCUCCCCCAAAGAAAUGAGAUGUCAGCUCAGGAUGUGGGGCCAAUCUGUGUGAGUCCAGCAUGUCCCUGUUUUGCCCUAGUGUCCCUUCAACCCGGGCCGACCAGCGCCCACCUCUGAACUCCUUUGCCUCAUUGGGUGGUCUCAUCUUCUUGUCCCCCAACUUCUUAAGCACAAUUGGGCUUCUUCCACCUCCAGGUUUCCUGCCACUCUUAACCCAGGUUGCCUCUUACAACGAGGGCAGGAAUCACACCUGCUCCCCUGGGUUACGACUCUGUGGGAGGGACACAGAGGCCCCCCCUCCUUCACUGAGUUCUCUGGAUUUGUUCUCAGUGCCUUAGCAAUGGAAAACCUGUGCUUGUGUAUAUGGGGUGGGGGGGUCCCUGUCCCUGUCUCACACCUCCUUCUCCACCCUUGUACUCCCCAGUGCCUUCCUUGUUCUGGUGGAGCUGGGGUUCUUCUGCUCCCCAGUCCCACAACACCCCCAAAAAUCUGUGAGUGUGCCAGUGUCAGGGGCAGGAGCAGCCCCUAGCCUCCUAGGUCCUGUGCCAUGUCCUGUCUCUCUCUGGGGCUGUCAUUUCUCUCUCAGUGGUUGAGGAGGAAGAGGUGGGGAAGUUUUCUCAGCCUUGCAGAUAAGGAUGGCAUUUACCAGCCAGAGCCCUGGGAGUCAAUGCUGUCUAUUUCUUGUUCUGGGACCAAAGUAAAAAUUAAAGCACAUCCCCGUGCAGUCAUGGGAGGCCCCCUGCCCCCUGCCUUCUCAGAGCAGGGAGGUACCUUUUCAAACUCAUCCCCAAACUUUGUUUACACGGAUGGGGAGAUGGAGUGAGGGAGAUGGUGGGGGUGGGGGGCGCAUUAGGAACUGGGCCCCCGGAACCAAAGUGGGGAUUUCCUAGGGCACAGGUGUAGCUCCCUCUGCUCUCUGAGCUGGAAUUAAGAAGGGUUCUUGCCCAGCCAUUGCCAAUGGGAGGUGGCGGGGAGGGGUUCAGCCUCUUCAUUGUCUAAAUGAGGCCUAAACGGUGUGAAGUGCGACUUCUGCUUGUGUGUACCCCACCCCAUGACCGAAGCUGCCUUUGUGUUUGUGUCAAUAAAAAGCGAAACCCUG